UGUGGCAGUGCUGCACAGGUAUUUUAAUCAGCAAGACACAUGGCCUGAUUUUCGACUGAGCAGGGAAUCCUUGGCGGUGCUAAUGAGCCUUCUCGAACAGGACGGACGACACAGAUGCGCUCCUGAGCUCGAGGUCCUGGUCUUCCUCUUCUGGCUAGCAAGUGGGACGUCAUACCGGAUCGUCUCCACUGUGUUUGGGAUACCCCGCUCCACUGUCCACCGCAUUGUCCACAGUGUCACUGAGGAGGUGGUGGCCCUGCGUCACAAAGUCAUCCACCUCCCUAACAGUGAUGAAGACGUUGAGGCAGUGACCCGUGGGUUUGCAGGGCUGGCGAGGCACAGAGCCUUUAGACGAGCAGCUGGGGCAAUAGAUGGCUGCCAUGUGAGAAUCAGGCCACCCAGCGACCCUGAUGGUCAUUGUUACAGAAACAGGAAACUGUUUCCUAGCAUCAUCCUACAGGCUGUCUGUGACCAUCAAGGUCACUUCAUAGACACCUACGUGGGGUGGCCUGGUUCUGUCCAUGAUGCAAGGGUCCUGCGAAACAGUCCUCUGUACCAGAGAGGACUGUAUCCUCCUCCAGGGCACUUCAUCCUCGCAGAUAGAGGCUACCCCUGUCUCCAACAUCCACUCCCCCUCAUCACUCCCUACAAGCGGCAAGUGCGAGGUGUAGGAGCCCAGCGCUUUAAUUACCAUCAUUCCAGAGCACGCUCGAUUAUUGAGCGUGCCUUUGGCAUGAUGAAAACGAGGUUCAGGGCCAUCUUUUUUCAUACGCUGGAGGUCCAACACACUUUUGCACCACAUGUCAUCACUGCCUGUGCCGUCCUCCACAACAUCUGUCUUGGGGCAGGAGACAUCGUGGCCCUGGAGGACGAGCCAGAGGAAAAUGUGGUGGAGGACGAGGGGGAGAAUGAGGUCGAGGCCAUCGCUGGAGCACAGUGGCGGGACCAGCUGUCUGCUGAGGUGUCUGCCCUGGAGGAGGUUCCCAUGGACCAUGAUUAUAUCUAGUGCCAGUCAUCUAUUGCCCCAGCCAGCCUUGCAAAUCCAACCCAUGAACGAUGCAGUGGACAGUGGAACAGCACCCGGUAUGAGAGCUCCUCUUAGCAGCCAGAAGAUGAAGACCUUGAUCUUAACACUGUGAAGUCGGUCCAGGCAGAGAAGGUUCUUUAGCAAUGCCAAGACCCCUGGAAGUGUUUCUUGAUGAUUAA